AUCACAGAUGCUGCAGGAAAUAUUCAGAUUGGUUUUGUGAUGGGAAAAGCCAAACUUGCGCCCCGGCCCGAGCACACUGUGCCAAGACUUGAACUUUGUGCAGCAGUUCUUGCAGUCGAGUUUGCAGACUUAAUUUCUGCAGACCUUGACCUUCAGCUUGAUGCUAUAACCUAUUACUCAGACAGUAAGGUGGUUCUCGGGUACAUUUGUAAUGAGACCAGACGUUUUUACGUUUAUGUCAGCAACCGGGUACAACGUAUCCGAAGGUCAUCCAAUCCAGAUCAGUGGCAAUAUGUGCCUACAGACCAAAACCCGGCAGAUCAUGCAACGCGUUUUGUACCCGCAGCCCAUUUACAAAACACCAGUUGGCUAAGUGGACCCAAAUUUCUGCUCAGGCCAGAAUCAAGUACCUCUGCAAGCACUUUCAACCUUGUUGAUCCAAGUUCAGACCCAGAUGUACGUCCUCUAGUGUACACUUUAAGCACUGCCGCAUUAUCCAAGCAACUGGGUUCCCAGAGAUUUGCCAAAUUCUCUUCUUGGAAGUCACUAACAGGAGCCAUCACUCGCCUUAUUCACAUAGCUCGUCAUUUCAAGACAACUGGGAAGGAAAACAGUUCCUGUAAGGGAUGGCAUUACUGCAAAGCUGAAUUCAAUGUAGAGGAAUCUGAUAAAGCUUCAGCAAUUGUAAUCCAAGCUGCACAAGAAGAGGUUUACAGUCAAGAGAUCAAAUGUAUCCAAAAGCAAGAAAGGAUUCCUAAAAGUAGUCCUCUUUAUACUCUGGAUCCUUUCAUUGAUGCGCAAGGAAUUCUUAGGGUCGGAGGUCGUCUCCAUCGAGCAAGCUUUGAGCAGAAUAUAAAAACUCCUUUGAUAAUUCCAGGCAAGCAUCACAUUGCUACUUUGCUCAUUAGACACUAUCACGAGUGUAUCCACCAUCAAGGCCGCCACUUUACAGAAGGAGCUGUCCGCGCAGCCGGCUUUUGGGUAGUUGGUGGAAAACGUAGGGUGAGCAGCAUCAUAAGUCAAUGUGUAACUUGCAGACGGCUCAGAGCUCCACUCAGCAUCCAGAAGAUGGCAAACCUUCCAGUAGAUCAUCUCACAACAGACCCUCCCUUUACCAACAUUGGACUGGAUGUGUUUGGCCCUUGGAGUGUCUCUUCACGUCGGACGAGAGGAGGUUUUUCUCUCAGCAAGAGGUGGGCUGUAAUUUUUACAUGUAUGAGCGUAAGAGCUGUUCACAUUGAAGUUAUAGAAUCCCUCGACACAUCCAGCUUCAUCAAUGCUCUUAGACGUUUUCUUGCUGUGCGGGGACCUGUCAAACACAUUCGUUCAGACCGUGGCACAAACUUUGUUGGUGCAUGUAAGGACUUAAAGAUACCUUCAAACAUUGACAUUAAGACAGUGAAGAGGUAUCUGUCAGACCAAAGCUGCAAUUGGACUUUCAAUCCACCGCAUGCUUCCCUUUGCGGUGGAGCAUGGGAAAGAAUGAUUGGAAUAGCAAGAAGAAUUCUCGAUUCCAUGUUCCUCCAGUUGAAAGACAAACUUACCCACGAGGUGCUUGUAACCUUCAUGGCAGAGGUAGCAGCCAUUAUCAAUGCCAGACCCCUUGUUCCCGUGACUACGGACCCUGAUGAGUCGUUCAUGCUCACCCCUGCAGCUCUUCUCACUCAAAAGGUGACCUCUGUUGCUGCACCGGCAGGCGAGUUUGGAGUUGCAGAUCUGGCACUUGUACUUGCACUUGAUCUGGCGGCAAGUUCAACACCUUUCGAACACAUUCUGGGACAGAUGGAGGAAGCAAUUUAUACCAACUCUACAACCACGCAAAAAAUGGCAGUCCGUUCAACCAAAUGUCGUACCAGGAAGUGUUGUCCUUCUCAAAAAUAGCCAAGUACAAUGGAAUGAAUGGCCUCUUGGACUGGUAACACAGACUUUCCCUAGUCAAGAUGGAAAGGUGCGUCAAGUUGAGGUGAAGGUCAUCAAACCAGGAGGCUCGUCCCUUUUUCUUAGGCCUGUUACAGAGAUAGUGUUUCUACUUCCACCAGAUUCUAAAGUAAAUGCAUAAUCAUUAAUGUUUUUUGAGUGAUGUGUACUCACAUCAGGCGGGGAGUGUUCUGUUAUCUUUAACAUGUUUAUUGUUUAAUCUGAGACUUUCCUUUAUGCCUUUCGUUAUUUGGUCGUGGUCCCUUUAAGAAUCUUAGGUUUCGGUAUAGAGUUAUGCCAUGUGAUUGAGGAAGCGAGCAUGUUCAGCAGAGAGUAGCUUUCGUAGCAUUUUUUUGAAGCUUACUGUUAUAUUGCAUACUUCUUGCAUCUGUUUUAGCAUCGUGGUUUCACCUUUCCUCACAACGUCAAUAAACCUGUGGACGAGGAGCUUAUGUCUUCAGAGUCUUGAUGUUAGGGAAAAGUUUACCUGGCUGUCACGUUAUAUCCAGUACAUAUAGCAAGGGCAGCACAAGGCCACUGGUGCAGACAUGCAGCUACUCAGUUGUCCAAUUAAUUUUUUUCUUACACAGACUUCCUUUGCCAAAGAAAGAGUCUUCUAGAUGAGCAUAAGCUCUGAAUUCACCACCUAUUUCCUUUAUAUUUCACUAUUGACCUGCCGUAGCUCAGAACUGUAAAGAAGGUAACGCAUAUUAGCAGAGGAUGGUUUCGAUCCAUCGACCUCUGGGUUAUGG